UGUGAAAAGGCAAAGAAAAAUGGAUGGUAAUCCUAAAAUGCCGUUGAAUCAUACAAUCCUUCCUUAACAUCUCUUUUGUGUUUGUGUUGGGGUCCUCCCUCCCUCCCCAAACCAAAACCAAAUCUGGUUUAAACGAAGACAACACAAUUCAAUGGGAUCCCACAUUUUCACACCCUUCUUCAUCCUCAUCUUUUUCUUUCAACUUUCUCCCCUUGUUUUAACUCUCCCAGAUUUGCGCAACAUACCUCCACAUGAAAAUCCAGUCUCUCAACAGCCUCAGCUUUCAAAUCCAAAUCCAGCUCAAAACCAACCUUUAAAUCCCAAGCCUCUCCCCCAUCCAAAUCCAUCCGAAUCCAUCCAAAUCCAAAUCCAUCCCAAGUUACUAGUGAAUCCCUCUAAAGAUCCUCGGGGUACAUACCAAUUUUCAAGCCGUCAACCAAUUCGAAAGCCAUCCGAAAUCCUAAUCUCUCAACAAUCUCAGAGUUCAUCCGAUAAUCCAAACCCUCAGCAACCUUCAAAUACAAACCAAGCUACAAACUCUCAACAGCUUCAAAACCCAACCGAACAACCUCAAAAUCAAAGCACUCAACCAUUUCAACCGAAGCCGCUAACCCCCAGUUCUCCUGAUUCAGACGCGCAACAAUUCCUCGACGCUCACAACGCUGCUCGAAUUCAAGAGAAUGAACCAUUAUACACCUGGGAUCAAAAGUUGGCUGACUUUGCUCGAUCAUGGGGCAAUAAGCGCAUCAAAGAUUGCAGAAUAGUCCACUCCAAUGCGCCCUAUGGCGAGAACAUCUUCGUGGCGAACAAAGACCACUGGACACCUCGAGAGGCUGUCCAAAGGUGGGUGGGUGAAGAGCAGUAUUAUGAUAAGAAAACCUUUGCUUGCCAACGGGGGAAACUCUGCGGCCAUUAUACACAGAUUGUAUGGAGGGAUUCAAUGAGAGUAGGAUGUGCCCGAGUUAGGUGUGCUAACGGUGGCCUUUUUGUUAUGUGCAACUAUGAGCCUCCUGGAAAUUACAAGAAUGAAAAUCCAUUUGUUCCACACAAUCAGUAGACAUUCGAGGAGUAUAUCCCACGCUAUAUAUGUUUUCAAGCUUCACUAAUUAAUUUAUUCAUUUUAUAUUUUAUCCAUAGUUUAUUGUUUGUUUAAUAA